AUGAACAUAACAACAAUUAGCCUGAAGUUGAGGAAGGUCUGCAAGAGUGCAAUCAAGAGGAGAGAAAGGAGGGGAAAGCAGAGACUUGGAGGACCAAACGAAUUUGUCAUGCUGGACGAAAGCAACUUCUACCACAAAAGGAAGUAUGGUAGGGGAAGAUUCGGUCCUACGUGGAGGAGGAGAAAAUGGGUCUUUGGAAUGCUGGGCAUCAGAGGAAAAAGGAGAAGACCUAUCCUGAGGCUGGUGAAACAAAGAUCACGGCGCCACUUAAUUCCUCUGGUCACAAAAUACGUUCGCCAAGGGACCACGGUGAUAACGGACAUGUGGAGGGCAUACACCACUGCAAUCGCAGAAAGUGGCUUUGUCCAUUUCUCUGUGAACCACAGCCGGUCAUUUGUGAACCCAGACACAGGAGCCCACACCCAAAACAUUGAGCGGGCUUGGUCAACGUACAAGUCACAGGUCUGGAGACUGCGAGGAAACCGCACAGUGAAGACUCUGAAGAGUCAUCUUGCUUUGAUCGAGUGGACACAUUGGCUGGCAAAUGAACACAAAGAUGGUCCCUUAGGCAGAUUGCUGCAUGACAUACGCCACUUUUGCAAGUUCUGAUGCAACCUUGUUUUCAUUAUUAGUGUCCUUUGGAUUGUUGUUUAAAUAAAAAUGUAAACUUGAGUGCA